GGGCCGGGCCGGCCGGGCGGGGAGUGCGGGUCGGCUCUGUGCGCGUUGCCGGACGAGGCUCCCGCAGCCGAUAUACCCGCGCUCCGCCCGGUAGCCCGGCCGGUGAGUGCCCGAGGGUUCCUUCCGUGUGUCAUGGGGGUCGGGGAGAGGGACCCCUGAGGGGGAGGCAUAACCGGAAGUUAAGGGACUCAAGGAGAGAGACCCCAGGAAAUGGGGACACCUGGGGAAGGGGUGACAGCCGGAAGUGGGGGGCCUCAGAAGGUUGUCAAUGAGACAUGGGGUCUCUGGGGCUCCAGGAGCGAUGGCCUUCAGGCCUCUUGGUGGGGUGGGAAGGAAGGCGAUGCUCACAACAUGAUGGGCUGCAGGUGAGGAAGAUUCCAGGCUUCACGGUAACAAAUGGUGUUUGCACCCAUCCAUACGCCCACCCAUCAUUUCAUUCUCGAGACUGAGUCCUGCUCUGAGCCUGAUAGGACCGAGGCCCUGGAAAUUAAACAGGAAUGUGCAGGUGGAGGGUAGAGCCCAGAGUGGGGCUAGACACAUCCUCGCUGUGCCUCACUAGGUGUGUACCCUCCGGACACAUCACUUAACCUCCCGUCGUCCGCUAAUAUUUGCAGAGCACCGUCAUGUGCCAGGCUAGGCCUCUAGACACUAGGCCUAGUGGACACAACAGUGGACACUGUACAGUGUGUCAGCACACUGUACUGGACACUACAGUCUGUCUCCCAGGGAUCCUGGUAGCUAAUGUCAGAAGAAAGUGACUCUCUGCGAACCAGCCCCUCUGCGGCCUCGCUCUCAGAAAAUGAGCUGCCACCACCGGCCGAGCCUCCCGGCUACGUGUGCUCGCUGACGGAGGACCUGGUGACCAAAGCCAGGGAGGAGCUGCAGGAGAAGCCGGAAUGGAGACUUCGAGACGUGCAGGCCCUCCGUGACAUGGUGCGGAAGGAGUGCCCGAACCUGAGCACCUCCCUGGACGACGCCUUCCUGCUGCGCUUCCUCCGGGCCCGCAAGUUCGAUUACGACCGAGCCCUGCAGCUCCUGGUCAGUUACCACAGCUGCAGGAGAAGCUGGCCUGAGGUCUUCAACAACCUGAAGCCCUCGGCCUUAAAGGAUGUCCUCGCUUCGGGAUUCCUCACCGUGCUGCCCCACACCGACCCCCGGGGCUGCCACAUCCUGUGCAUGCGCCCAGACAGAUGGAUACCGAGCAACUACCCAAUUACUGAAAACAUCCGAGCUAUAUACUUGACGUUAGAAAAACUCAUUCAGUCUGAAGAAACCCAAGUGAAUGGAAUCGUGAUUCUUGCGGACUACAAAGGAGUGAGCUUAUCAAAAGCAUCUCACUUUGGCCCUUUUAUAGCCAAAAAGGUCAUUGGCAUCCUUCAGGAUGGCUUCCCCAUUCGGAUAAAAGCAGUCCAUGUAGUGAAUGAACCUCGAAUAUUUAAAGGCAUUUUUGCCAUCAUAAAACCAUUUCUGAAGGAGAAAAUAGCAAACAGAUUUUUCCUCCAUGGGUCUGACCUGAACUCUCUCCACACAAGCCUUCCCAGAAGCAUUCUCCCCAAGGAGUAUGGGGGCACGGCCGGAGAGCUGGACAUCAGCGCCUGGAAUGCAGUGCUGCUGGCCUCGGAGGAGGACUUCGUGAGGGAGUUCUGCCAGCCGGUCUCUGUGUGCGACAGCAUCCUGGGCCAGGCCCUCCCGCCUGAGGGGCUGACCUCGGACGCGCAGUGUGAUGAUUCCCUGCGGGCCGUGAAGUCCCAGCUCUACUCCUGCUAUUAGCCAGUCCCUGUGAGUGCCACCCUCGUGAAAUCCUUUCCUUUAUCUUUGGAGAGACGCAAGGAGAAUUUGAGGUGCCGUGGAGUCUGUCUUGCUCCUUGUAAUUAAAUUAAAGCCUGUAGAGUCUGAGGGUGAGCCCUGGGGUAAGCCCUUGGUGACUUGAAUUAAUCCAUGGAAGACACGGAAGAUGUCCCCAGUGAUUCCCAAACAUUUGGAAUCCCAGUUUGCAGCCACUAACCUGGAAGCUGUAUCUGGUUCUUGGAGAUCUUGGAACAAGAGAAAUCAGGAUCAAAUCACUUUGGUCCCCCAUUCCAGGAGAAAACCACCUGACUGGCCGGUCAGCACACUCCUGUGAAAGAACCUGGCUGUGCCUACAGGAUGGCCACACAGGAGACUUCAGGAGUUCGUGUCUUUCAUCUGAACCCUAACGACAGGCUUGGGUUGCUCACCAGGAAGUUUCUAGUUGGAGGCGCAGACCCCAGCUGCCACACUGGGUUUGGAAAGCACCUUAUUGGACUCAUGGGAGCAUCAGGACAUAAGCAGCACCUCCUGAUCAAAUUUGGGAGCCAGAGGCAUCAGAGAACCU